AUGGCAACUUGCGACAUCAUUACUGACGUGGUCUUAAUCGUCUUCCCAAUACCAUUGGUCAUCAUGUCAAGAAUGCCCAUGACGAAGAAAGUAUCGAUGGUGUUUUUGUUCCUUCUUUCAUUGUUUCUCAUCGGCAUAACAGCAUAUCGCAUUCCCAGUACAGCCUCCAGAGACUAUAGCCAGCAGUUCCGGUCUCUGCUCGCAUCGAUCGAGAUCCUGGCAGCGACUUGUGUAGCCAAUGUCAUUGUAAUAGGGAGUUUUCUGCGGGACAAAGGUGUUAGGAAGGUCAAAUAUCGAGGCGGAUCUAUCGGCGAGAGUGACGGCGACGGUACUGAAGAUAACAUGCUGACCAGACCUGCAACAAGGCAGAUUAAGCCAUCUAUAGCGCAGAGGCACUGGGGCAGCGACGAAGACCUGGUACGAGAUUUCGGAGUCGGCCUCUCGGCAGAUCUCAGACAUGAGCUCGUAAUGAAUGGAACGGCACGCUUGGCGCCUAUGGCAGAACCAGCCAACACUCCACACCACGAAAUUUCAACCCCUGAGCCCACUAUCAAUCCUCAUGGCCGAGGACUGCUCGAUCCAGCAUGGACUUUCCGCAAGGCAUCUACGCCGCAUAGGCAUCAAAGAAGGGAUUCUGAUGCAUCUUCAGAUAGUGAUAUGUCAACUGAUUUCAAGAUGCGAAAACUAGAGCCUUACAAAGAUGAGCCUUCUAGUCCUGCAGAGGUACCGGAAACGCCCUAUAGGAAGAUGAGCUUCUUCGACGUGGGUGGGUUAGUGAACGUAACAUCGUCAGAGCAAGCCUCUGCGGGACAACAUACGAGGCGACUUUCACGGUCAGGUCAAAACUUCAUCGCGGACAUUGGGGGACUUCUAGGAUCUCCUACCACUGCCCAGCGUCCAGACGAUUCAUCGACAAGUUCAGGCUAUCGCUCUUCGAAUUUGCUUUUGCCCGAACACGCGAUCAGAGAAAGACCAAGGUCACCAGGCCAUGGUGUAUCGCUGGUUCAGGCACUCCAAGAUACGCGAAUCGACAACUCUUCACACCUUGUGCUUCAUGAAGUGGGUGACCCCAACUCGUUAACAUUCUCGGACGCUGGGAGGCUACUGAGGUGA